GUAGAGGGAAACUGAAUGACUGAAUUUGCAGUUAUUGUUGACCGUUUUCAUGUUUUUAGAUAAAGUUGAAUGUGCUUGUGUUUAUAGUUUGAUAAAUCUGACCCUGGACAAGAACUCGCUCACCAGGUCUCUUUAUAUUUGUCAUGAUGAUCUCUUGGGAGACCUUAUACCUCUUAUUAUUGUGCAUGAUGUCUUGUGCAGCAGUUGAUGAGAUGGUGUUUAUUCCUGGUGGAAACAUGAUGAUGGGAACCAGUGCUGCUGAUGGGAGAGAUGAGGAAUCACCAACACGAGCUGUGACUCUCCAGCCAUUUAAGAUAGACAAAUAUCCUGUCACCAACUCUGACUUUAGGGAAUUUGUCAGACAGCAGAAAUAUAAAACAGAAGCUGAAAAGUUCGGUUGGAGUUUUGUGUUCCAGGAUUUUGUGUCAGAUGAACUGAAAAGUAAGAUCACUCAGAAAAUUGAGUCGGCUCCUUGGUGGUUACCAGUUGAGAAAGUGUUCUGGAGACAGCCAGCAGGACCAGGCUCUGGUAUCAAGGACAGACUGGAAUCCCCUGUGUUGCAGGUCAGCUGGAAUGAUGCCCAAACCUACUGUCAGUGGAAGCAGAAAAGGCUGCCAGCUGAGGAAGAGUGGGAAAUGGCUGCACGUGGAGGUUUAGAAGGCAGGACUUACCCAUGGGGCAACAAGUUCUUGCUGAACCGGACUAACCUGUGGCAGGGCCCAUUUCCAGAUGGGGACGCCGCAGAAGAUGGUUAUCAUGGUGUAGCUCCUGUGACUGCCUAUCCUCCACAGAAUAACUAUGGAUUAUAUGACAUGCUGGGUAAUGUGUGGGAGUGGACCUCCUCACGUUUUCCUGGUGCUCAGACCAUGUACGUCCUGCGCGGAGCAUCCUGGAUCGACACAGCCGAUGGCUCAGCCAAUCACAGAGCUCGUGUCACCACUAGGAUGGGAAACACACCAGAUUCGGCCUCUGAUAACCUGGGCUUCCGCUGUGCUAUGAGCUCAAAUGCAAAACUGAAAAGAACUGAGCUUUAAGAGCCAAAUGUUCAAGUCUAGUUGAUGCCAGUGGUGCAUAAUGGGACUGAUACUACAUUUCUCCUGUGGAGACACAAACUUUUGGAAUUCAGUGUUAUAUCUGCCUUUUUACACAAAAUACUGUGAAAUUAAAGUUUUCUUAAUGUUUUAGCCUUUCUUUAUGGUCAUUAUUUAGUUAUAAAAUUUUAAUCGCAUCAAAUAUUCAAAAUAGAAUAAAAAUGUAUUAAAUAAUAUUG